AUGGACGACGAUCCGACUGCGGGAUCCGUCACGCUACGCAACAUCGAAGCCUGUAUGCAGUUAUCCCGCAUGCUACGCACUUCACUGGGACCUCAAGGACGGUGCAAGCUUGUGGUGAACCAUCUGGAAAGGCUGAUUGUCACGUCCGAUUGUGCUUCCAUUUUGAAGGAAGUAACGAUCGAGCACCCCGCGGCGCAACUGCUUGCCGAGGCUUGUCAGAAGCAAGAAACGGAGCGUGGGGACAACACCAACUUUGUGCUCGCCUUUGGUGGAGAAAUUCUCUGGCAGACGUCACAACUCAUUGCCAAAAUGACUUGGCAACCCGCACCGGAGAUUCUCGCCGGAUACCAGCGAGCACUGACGCUCGUCGAAAACAAGUUGUUGCCCGAUCUAGUUUGUGAUGGAGUUACCGACUUGAAGGACAAGCAUCAGCUUCUCAAGAUUCUACAGCCGGUACUUGCUUCCAAGCAGUACGGAUCCGAACAAACGCUCGCUCCCAUUGUUGCCGACGCUUGUUUGACCGUUAUGGACGCGCAGGGAAAGUUCAACGCCGAAUCCGUUCGCGUUUGCAAGAUUCCCGGUAGUUCCGUUUCGCAAUCGACACUUCUGGAAGGCUACGUUGCCAUGCGGGGGCUCGAAACCGUCGUGACCAACGCGACUGACGCCAAGAUCGCGGUCUACGCUUGCGGCUUUGAAGCGUCGUCUACCGAAGCCAAGGGCACCGUCCUCAUGAAGACGGCCGCCGAUUUGCUGUCGUACAACCGUACCGAAGAAGCAAAAAUGGAAGAAAUCGUGCAAGGGAUUGCUGCUUCGGGGGUCAAAGUUGUGGUUACGGGUGGCAAUCUUUCCGACAUGGCCUUGCACUUUUUGGAUCGCGCCAGUCUGAUUUGUUUGCGCAUCGGCAGCAAGUGGGAAUUGCGUCGCUUGUGCCAAGCCGUCAACGCCACUGCUUUGGUGCGUCUCGGGGCUCCGACCCCGGACGAAAUGGGGUUUUGCGAAUCCAUUCGAACCCAAGAACUGGGGGGCAAAACGGUUACGGUCUUUCGGUCGCACGAGACCAAACUCGCGACGAUCUUGUUGCGGGCCAGUACCAGUUCCGUCCUCAACGAUUUGGAACGGGCCGUCGACGACGGAGUCCAGGCCGUCGUUCAGGCCGGAAAAGACGGACGACUGGUGUACGGCGGCGGGGCCGUCGAAAUGGCCCUGUCCAUGGCACUCCAGCAGGAAGCCAGUCGUGUUCCCGGCCUCGAACAGUACUCCAUCGCCGCUUUUGGUAAGGCUUUGGAAAUUGUACCCCGCACGCUGGCGGAAAACGCCGGCUGGGAUGCCGUACGCGUCCUGGCGGACUUGAAGGCUUCCCACGCCCAGCACGGUACCGAGUCCGUUUGCGAUGUUGGAAUUGACAUUGAACGAUACGGAACCGAAAACGACGACACCGGUGGCACGUGUUCAAUGAAGGAGCGGGGUGUCCUGGAUUUGAUGUCCACCAAAUUAGCGGCAUUGCGCUUGGCCGUCGAUGCCGCCACGACUAUUCUCAAAAUUGAUCAAAUUAUUAUGAGCAAACCGGCGGGUGGACCGAAACCGCAGUAA